CUGAACCACUGAGGAAGUGUGACCCACAGCAGGAGAAGAGCUUCCAUAAGUGGAUCAUCAGGAAGAUUGACAACAAGAGAGACCGGAACGUCUAUACUGGGACCCACGGUGUGGCAUGGUUCUUGCAGUUGCACACAGUCCAGACUUGGCUGUGGGAUUCGGUAUGUAAAUUACAUUCAUGUUUUCAAUUCAAUCUUAAAAUAUAUUGAUGGUACUAACGAAUUUUCAUGUUUUUUUAGCAUAUUGAUGCCGCUUUGCACAUGCUACGCCGCCGACGCCACUUUUACCAUGCUGCAUUUCGGCAAGAUGCUGCGAUCAUGAACACCACCUUCCCCCAGGUGUGCCUAGGUCGUUGGAAUCAUUUCAGAGAGACUGGCACUAAGUAUACAUGGGACGACGAUGUGCUGAGAAUGUUGAAGGGCGAUGAUAAUCAAUUCCUUGUAUCAUGGCAAAAUGUGAGUGAAGUAUAUUUUGUCUUGCACGUCGAGAAAGCCGCACAUUGGAUCGCCAUUGAAGUCUCCAUUCCAAUGUGGUGCAUCAACAUUUAUGAUUCCAACCAUAGCGUGCUCAGUCCCACUCUGAUGGAGGAAGCGAUUAAGCCUUGGUGCUUAUUGUUGCCUUCGUUGUUAUGGUGUUCUGGCAUGUUUGACGACCAUGAGGACCUCCAGGUAUAUCCUGAGCAGAAUGCAAAGCCUUUUUCAUAUUGUCGUAUUCCUCCGGAGGAGUGUCCUCAGACUAAGACAAGUGGGGAUUGUGGUAUGUUUGCCAUCAAACAUAUCGAGCAUCUGGUUGCCAGGCUACCACUCGAUACCGUUAUCGAUGAGAACAUCCAGCAUUUCAGGACCAAGUGGUGUGUGGACCUAUUCUAUCAGAAUUUGUCCCCGUGAUGCUCUUUACAUUUUUGUCUUACACAUCUUG